GUGCGUUUACGUGUGUGUAUAUCUAUAUGUCUGCGUGUGCGUGUGUGUGUGUGUGUGUGUGUGUGAGGAACGUGCAGUGUCAGUGAGGUCUACAGACCCGGAGUUGCUCGUGCUUUCCUCCUCCGCCGUUCACCUUCAACAACAACAACAUUACAUAUCUCCAUGUUCAUAUGGAUUCCUGUUCGUCAUCGUCUCGCUGAUUGAUUUCCUCUCAGUGUGUUUCUCUGCAUCAGGAUCAGCCUCAAAGCUCCGACUGGUAAUCAAUAACCUGCAGCAGCCGCGCUGCUGGGGAUUUAUCGAUCAUCGCUCUGGGAUUGACCUAAACUUUCCCCGCCAGAGAUGAAGAUAACUUGUGUUUUAAACAGUCCUAUUCAGAGUUGAAGCAGUCUUAAUUCUUUCUUAAAAAGCGGAUCUGUUGGAUUUGCUCCUGUUGGAGCGUCUUUGCGGAUCAGUAAUGUGAGCAGCGGCUCUAGCAGCAGUUUACGGCAGGCUACGGCUGCCUGGGUGUAUGGAAAGCCGUCGGGUUCAUUAAUUCGUCACAAUUCCCACGGGGUAUGGAAGGUGCGAUGGCCGCCGCUGCUACCUUUAGCAGCCGGGAUAUCGUGGAUGAUUUCCUCCGCUACAAGCUGCUCAGCGUCGGCGUGGACGGGCGGGACCGGGCUAGCGGUCAGCGCAGACGCAACGCAGCUGCAUCUACGUCAUCAAGGAGAUCUGAGGGAGGGAUGACAUCACGCCGGGGAGCCACUCCGGAUGACUCUCAGCAAGACCCCUGCCUGGCUCCGCCCCCGCUGCAGGUCGUGCUCAGGUGUGCAGGUGACGAGCUGCUGCGGCGUUACCGCGGCGACCUGUCGGCCCAGGUGUCGGCGCUGCUGCUGUGCGAUGUCGGCCAGGCGGCACGGCGGCGGAGCCUGGCGGCCGUCAGCGAGGAACUGUUCAGGGACGGGGUGAACUGGGGACGUAUCGUGGCCAUGAUGGAGCUGGGCGGAGCUCUGUGCACACGGGUGGCGAGGACGGGCGGCGCCUGGCAGCCGGAUGACAUCGCCGGCUGGAUGGAGGAGAGUCUGGACUCACCGCCACUCCGGGGAUGGAUCCACGCCAACGGAGGAUGGGAUGCGUUUGUGGAGUUGUACGGUGAGCCCAGACCUCCAGUCAGCUUCUGGUCUCUGAGGACAGUGAUUGGACUGGCUGUACUGGGAGCAGUCACACUGGGAGCCCUGUUCACACACCUGAUCCAGUCCAGUCAGCUGCAUCAACCUCUGACUGGGAAACCGGGUCAACAGCAGACUCCCUGA